CUGACCGACGAAAACAAGUUUAACGUUCGACAACCGACAAUUUGAAUGUGAAAUGUGUACAGAAUUAUACUAACUAACAGAAUUUCUAAUUUCAAUCAACAGUCUAUAAAUAAUUUUCGAAAAAACAAGAGUAGAAGGAACGGGAUGAGCGUGAUUUUUUAAAAUAAAAUCCCAAGACUCAACUUCUAAUUUAAAUAUUAUUUUGUGAUAUUCGAGGUUGAAUAUUUACUGUGUUAACCUUCAAAAUAGUCCGAAUCAUGCAUGUAUACAAAACUCGAAUUACCUACGAAAUUUGUCAAUUCGUUUGAACAUCUGUUUUUUAAUGAAUUGCUUUUGAAUUAUAUAGCUAUGAUAAUAACUACAACUAUUGAGCAUUCGUAUUAAAAAUAAAUUCAUUUUUUGUUGGUCCGUGACAUUUCACCUACUAAGACUUAAGAUCCAAGCCAAAUCAAUCGAACUGAGAAUGUCUCUGGCUUUGAAUAAAUUGAAGAAACGACCGCCGGAAGAACUGACAGUUAGGUCAAAGAAAAAAGUGGACCGAUUCGACGGUUUGUCAGAAGAAGAGGUACAGAAAUGCACGUUAGAGGACAUUUUAGAACCCAAUUUGGAUCUUGUUUUCGUGGGUAUAAAUCCGAGCUUGAUGGCAGCUCACAGAGGAAGAUAUUAUGCCGGGCCAGGAAAUCAUUUUUACAAGCUCUUACACGCAUCUGGACUAGUUCCCAGAUUCGUAAGUUUUGAAGAGGAUAGAAAAUUACUAAGCUACAAAAUAGGAUUGACAAACAUUGUGGCUCGUCCUACAAGAUCCUCGGCUGAUUUGAAAAAGCACGAGAUCAAAGAAGGCUCGAGGACAGUGAGAGAAAAACUGCUAAUAUUCGAGCCAAAAAUUGCAGUUUUCAAUGGAAAAUGUAUAUACGAAGUAUUUGCCGACAAAACAGGAAAAUCAGACUUCAAUUUUGGUCUUCAAUUGGAAAAAGUUGGAGAAACGGCAGUUUGGGUCGUUCCUUCCAGCAGCGCGCGUUGUGCUCAUUUCCCCCGGAUGACCGACAAGCUGCACUUUUAUACGGCGCUGAAAAAAUAUCUUAGUUUUCUCAAGGGUGAAAUAUCCGAGGUGAAUUUAGCGGAGUUUCGAUUCGAGGGAAAGUGCAAACAAAAAGCAGCUACCACUUCAAUAAUGUGGAGACGGAAAAAUGUCUCCGCGUUUUUAGGCGGCGGCAGAGUCGCCAACAAAGCCGCCCUCGAUGUCUCUGAAGAGAAUAUCGGGGCGUUAAGAGGCACCGAAUUUGUCAUUACUGAGAUUCUCACUGCCGCCGGUGACGAGGAAAAUCUUGAGUCCGAUAAGAAUUCCGAAAGCGUCCUCGGGCCAAAUUUUUCCGACGAUAGAACUUCGAGUUCGGUCGAAGAAACAAUCAGUCGGGAAUCAACAACGGAGCUUUCGACGAUUCCGUUGCCAAAAGAAAGUGAUCGAAAUUUUCCACGAUCCCGCGGUCGAAAACUCCCAAACGGAUUUCCAUCCCCGCGGCUCGCUACAUCCGGAUCUCACGAUAGCAACGGUUCCACGGAUUUUAUAAAUGUGAUAAAGAAAAGGUUGGCCGAAAAAAAAACGAAUCCUCGCGGAUCGGAGGAAAAAACAUUGGAAACCGCCGUUAAGCGUCAUCGGGAAGGUAAAAAACUCAAAUACGAAAAUCUCGGACUCAAGAGGGCCAAAAAAAAGCUCGACUCCCAUACAAGUGCAUGCGAAACUUUGUCUGAAAUGUAA